GGUGAUCCACCUUUCAGGGGCGGACUGACCAUUUGGAAACUCAGGCACUGCCCGAGGGCCUGGGGUCAGUAGCGGGCCCCAUGAGAUGCCCCGGUACCUUUUUCAUAGGCUUUUUUGAGUUUCUGCAAGGACACAGGGGCCCCAUGAUCCCCUAUUGUCAAGGAGAGCCGGUAAUCGGCAUUCCUCAGAGGGAACAUUUACACUGAUCAUCAGUACCCUGAUGAUCAGUGUAGCCCCAUCAGUGCCACCUAUCAGUGCCCAUCAAUACCACCUGUCAGUGCCCAU